AUGAAGGCACCUGAAUCAAAUAUAUUUAGGGUUAAGGCACCUGAAUCUGACAGACUUUGUGUAAAUGCACCUGAAUCUGACAGAAUUAGUGUAAAGGCACCUGAAUCUGACAGAUUUUGUGUAAAUGCACCUGAAUCUGACAGAAUUAGUGUAAAGGCACCUGAAAAUGACAGAUGUUGUGUAAAAGCACUUGCAUCAGAAAUAUCUAGUGUAAAGGCACCUGAACCUGGAAGAUCAAGUGUAAAGGUAUCUGAAUCUGGAAGAUCUAAACUCUGGUGCAAAGACACCUGA